AUGGGCGGACACGGACAUCAUCAUGGUCCUCCACCAGACCCGUACAGAAUUCCAAAUGCUAGCGAGUAUGACACCAUCUCACAUCCAGAACUGAUAAGAUUUCAGCAGCGUCUAGCUAAACAUGGCUUGAAAGAUCCUUGGAUCCGGAAUUACAACUGGAGGUUCGAUAAAAAAUACGGUACCAAGAUGUCUCGGUUGGGAUCGUUGGUGUUUUGUGGAGUUCCAUUAGGAGUUGGUAUGUUCAUCGCCACUCUUGGUAUUGAAAAAGCUUUUGGUAUUGAUUGGCACGCACACCAUCAUGCACACGAAGAAGGCCACGGUGAAGCUCACCACUGA